AUGGCCGAAGAAGACUCUUCCGACUCCAUCAUCGUCAACGUCGACGGAGAUGACAACAAAUCAGCGUUAUUCGGCAAGUACGACAUCAAGAAGCAUCUCGGCAGCGGCGCGUUUGCCAAAGUCUACGAAGCGGAGGAUCUGCACAACAAGGGCCAAAGCGUUGCGAUCAAAGUCGUCCAAAAGAAGCGUUUGAAAGACGGACUCACGGCGCACGUCAAGAGAGAGAUCUCCGUCAUGCGCCGCCUCCGCAACCCUCACAUCGUCCUCCUCUCCGAAGUCCUCGCCACCAAGACGAAGAUCUACUUCGUCAUGGAGCUAGCCCAAGGCGGCGAGCUCUUCUCCAGAGUCUCGAGCAACCGUUUCACGGAGAGUCUCAGCCGGAAGUAUUUCCGCCAGCUGAUCUCCGCCGUGAGGUACUGCCACGCGAGAGGCGUUUUCCACCGCGAUUUGAAACCGGAGAAUCUCCUCCUCGACGAGAGGCGAGACCUUAAGGUUUCUGACUUCGGUCUGAGCGCGAUGAAAGAGCAGAUCAAAGCCGACGGGAUGCUCCACACGCUUUGUGGAACUCCUGCUUACGUGGCGCCGGAGCUUCUCACGAAGAAAGGCUACGACGGUUCCAAGGCGGACAUAUGGUCGUGCGGCGUCGUUUUGUUCCUUCUAAACGCCGGUUACUUGCCCUUUAGAGAUCCCAACAUCUCCGGACUGUACCGGAAAAUUCGCAUGGCGCAAUACAGAAUGCCGGAGUGGACUUCUUCCGGUCUCCGACAUAUCCUCAGCCGCCUCUUGGAGCCUGAUCCGGAGAAACGGAUCACCGUUGAGGAGAUUCUAAAGGAUCCAUGGUUCAACCACGGCGUAGAUCCGAGUGAGAUGAUAGGUAUGCAAGCAGACGAUUACGACCUAGAAGAAAGCGGGAAGAAACUAAACGCCUUCGAGUUGAUUGCGUCUUCAUCGACAGCUAACCUCGCAGGUUUGUUCGGAAACUUUGUGACGCCGGAUCAUUGUGAUCAGUUUAUCUCCGAUGAGAAUCCGGCGGAGAUUAUGGUUAAGGUUGUGGAGGUUGCGAAGAAGAUGAAUCUGAGGAUUGCGAAGAAGAAAGAGAGAGCGGUGAAGCUGGAAGGGCCACAAGGAGUAGCUAAUAUCGUAGUUAAGAUUCGGAGACUAACGGAUGAGUUAGUGAUGGUGGAGAUGAAGAACAAGCAAAGAGACGUUGGGAUAGUUUGGGCUGAUGAGCUUAGGCAAAAGCUACGUCGUUUGAUUAACCAACCGGUUAAUAGGGUUCCUGACAAACCGUAAGAAUGGUUAUUAUAUAAAACCAAUAUACUCGGAUUUUUCGAAGUAUUCCAUUCGUGAGGUUUAACAGUUGAAAAAGAGACUCAGUUUUAAUUUUUAAAAUUCAUUGAGGAUUCGAUAAGCAUUAUGGUGAACCGGUUCGGUUUGCAUUGGA